UGCAGCAUAAGUAAGAGUGUAUCAUGGUCACCAUGAAAGACAACACAAGCCAUGAAUGAAACGCUGGAUUCGCUGCUGAUGGAAUAAACUUGUCCAGACCACGGUUCUGUGCACAUUAACAUCAAGAACACGGAUUCAAUCACAGAGCCGACGACAACGGAUGGUUGCUGCCAAUGGGGCUGUUUGACAAGUUGGCAGGAUGGCUGGGCUUCAAGAAGGAGGUGAAUGUGCUCUGCCUCGGCCUCGACAACAGCGGGAAAACCACCAUCAUCAACAAACUCAAGCCAUCCAACUCCCAGGCACAAGACAUUGUCCCGACCAUUGGUUUCAGCAUAGAGAAGUUCAAGACAUCCAGUCUUUCCUUUACAGUCUUUGACAUGUCUGGCCAAGGGAGAUACAGAAACCUUUGGGAGCACUACUACAAGGAGGGCCAGGCUGUCAUAUUUGUUAUUGAUAGUGCAGAUAAGCUGAGGAUGGUUGUGGCCAAAGAAGAACUGGACACAUUAUUAAAUCAUCCUGACAUCAAGCACAGGCGAAUUCCCAUCCUGUUCUUAGCUAACAAGAUGGAUGUCCGAGACGCUUUGUCUUCAGUGAAAGUCUCCCAGCUGCUCUGCUUGGAAAAUAUCAAGGACAAACCUUGGCAUAUCUGUGCCACUGAUGCUCUAAAAGGAGAAGGUUUACAGGAGGGCGUGGAAUGGUUACAAGAUCAAAUCAAAUCAAUGAGAACAUGAGAGUGUGAAGACUGAUGGCUGACUGUAAGUUUUUGACAGAACAAGGUACCAAAAACAUUUUGUUUGGUUUACUUGAAAUCGGAAUGCAGUUUUGAUUCUCAAAUACUAAGUGAGAACGGAACAAUGCAGACACCAAUUGUGCUAAGUCAGCAAGGUUCAUAACCUGUUCAAUAUUUUGAGCAAUUUUACUUCUUACUUUCUUAUUUGCUUCUAUUUUAAUUAUUAUUUUAAUAAUAAUUACAAGGAUUAUCAUAAAUCAAUUAUUGGCUUAUGUGUGUAAUUCUGUUUUGUAAUGUAAUAAAAAGACCCAAACGUCCAAAACAGAUCAUCGACCUAAAACAAUACCACACAGUGAAGUGUACAUCCUGUAUAAAAGAAUCAACUGGAAUAACAAUGCACCAGCAAUGUAACAAGUUGUGCCAAUAUAAUUGUGUUGCUUCAAUAGCUUCCAUAUGGACAUUUAUUUUUCAGAGAAACAUAGAGCUGCUGUUAUCUAGUAAAGACACCAAUCACGCACAGCGUGUAGGUUCAACGUUCUAUGAUCCCCUUUUAACCAUUUGAGUGCAUAUGUUUGCAUAAAAGAUGAAGACUAUUUGCCGUCAGUUAAUUUUGUACAGUAUUUAAAUGUAACACGGCUGAUUGAUAUUUCACUGACAGUUAACCCAGUUGCAAGGCAUCAUAGCAAUAUUUAUUGCUAUGUUUUGUUCAUUACAGCUAUACUUGUGCAGCUCUGCUCUUUUAAUAUUUGUUUUUUGUUUCACUUCAUAUUUGAAAAGCUUGACCAUGUUUGACUGAAUGUAUUUUUUUUUCACCCCAGUUCCACCAGAUUUAAUUAUAUGUAUUUUAACGUGACAUAAUUUGUUAAUAAUUAGGUUGUUAAAUGUGUGUUUUGUAAAUAACUACAGCUUUAUGUUUUUGCCUUAUUUGAUGGCUCAACUGAAAGCUUCUCUUAACAAUCAGCAAGGCUUUACUGAUGAAAUAUGGACACAUGGCAAUAAUGUAUCUGGGUAGUUGUAAAUGUGUUUCAUGAUGUUAUUUUGUUUUUGGCUGUGGGUGUUUAAACUCUGAAUGUUUUCGUUUUUUUUUAGCAAUUACUAUGUUUAAUGACAAAAAAUCUGCUGUGGUAAUAUUAAUACACUUUACAUCAUCAGUAAUUGUUGCAGAUUACGUAUUGCUUUCAAGUUAUUCUCAACAUAUGACUAGGCAGCACAAAGUCUUACACAGUACAUGUGGUCCUCGGGUUACACAUGAGUUCCGUUUCUAGGCUGUGAUGGAAGUGAAUCGGAACUUAUAGCUAACUGACCUAAGUCACUCACACUGUAUACAGAACACGUGGAGGGCAUUAAAUAUGGUCAUAAAGGUCAUAAAUAUCUGACGUCGUUUUGGUGUGUACCUAGUUCAGUGUCAUGUUUUCACACCAAAAUUAAGUUUUUAAUAAAUUUUACAUGAAACUCGGAACGCCCUAAACCGAGGACCACCUUGUAGCACCACAUUAAGUAAUAACAGUGUAUUUUGUUAUACAUUUUCAGCUCAUUAUAGUUAUAGAAUAAUAUUGCAUUUGUUUAAAUUUUGUAACUAUUUGAAAUAAACCUUGCCAUAUUCUGUAAUAAAAUAAGUGCAGCAUCUACAUUUUGUAACAACUUUUGCAAAAUGUAAAAAGUUACUACAGAAUGCAGCAAAGAUUAUUACAAAAUGCAGUGUUAUUACAUAAAAAAAAGAUAAAAAUGUAUAACAUUUUGCAUAAUGCACCAUUAUUAAAAUACACACUUGUACAUGAUAAACUUAGUGUCUUACAGGAGAGCAAAUUGUUUGUUAAAUAGCUUUUAUUUAUUUGUAAAUGACAUAACCACGUAAGCACAAUAUUAGUUGAAUAUUAGAACAUCAGUUGAGCUGUGUGUGUUUUGUUCAUGUCAGUGUACAGUGAGCAUUUUCAAAGAAUAAAUGCGGUUUUAUUUUGGACAUGAUUACACUGUCAUCUCUCACUAUGUCAUGUUAAUUUGAUAAAUGUGUGCAUGUCUUGUCUCUGGCUCUCGCUCACUCUCCAAUACGACAUCUUCAGCCCUGCCAGCGUCAGCUGCUCAUUAAAUGUCCGGCCACUCGGCCUUCAACAGCUCUUUUGCUCUAAGUUGUGCUGAAAAGUGAAAAUAUAUGUACAUUGUCUUUGUACAACCAAAAACACGUUGUGUGCUACCUU